GAGCCUCGUCCAUCAGCGGUGUGUUUGCUGCCUGCACAAUAACUUGACUUUAUUACAAAGGGAUCAUCAGCAGGUGCUUGUUUUUACUCGGUCUCUCUGAACAAACAUGUGGAGCAGCUGGGAAACGGGUUUUGGUGGAGCUGUGGAGCUUUUGAACUCAUUUUAGGAGAGAAACGAGUGGGAAAAGCCGCUGAGCAGCGCUGCUCACCGCGGUGAACGGGUGAGGUUUGGAGGCUCCACCGACAAAAUGCAGAGAGCAUCAGAGCUCUUCAUGACUUCAAUAUGAAGACAGACAAGUCCGCUACCUGCUUCCUCACUGUCAGCCUCCAGCACCGCUCACCCACUGAGUUUUCACUCGUUUAUCAGUGAAGAGAAAACACAAGUGUCUCGGUGUUCACACUGCACACAGGAGCCACGGCUCGACUGAGUCUUCACGGUUCUCAUGGUGUGUUCAAGUACCGCCUCCCGAUCAGGACUCUUCUACAGUCCGGUCACUCACUCCGAUAGUUCCUCGUUGAUCUAAACACAAAGAGAAAGAUGACAGAAGUCGCUCCAGCUCCAGCUCCAGCUCCAGCCGCCGCCAAGGCUAAAGUGGCCAAGAAGAAGGUCGUGAAACCGAAGAAGGUCGGUCCCAGCGUCAGUGAGCUCAUCGUGAAAGCCGUGUCCGCGUCCAAGGAGCGGAGCGGCGUGUCAGUGGCCGCCCUCAAGAAGGCUCUGGCUGCCGGAGGCUACGAUGUGGAGAAGAACAAUGCCCGCGUCAACAACACCAUCAAGAAGCUGGUGGUCAACGAGACCCUGGUCCAGACCAAGGGAACCGGGGCCACUGGCUCGUUCAAGAUGAGCAAGAAGGUGGAGACCAAGGUCCAGAAGCCGGUGAAGAAGGCCGCUCCCAAAGCGAAGAAGCCCGCCGCCAAGAAACCCGCAGUGGCUAAAAAGCCCAAGUCAGCGGCAGCCAAGAAGCCAGCAGCUGCUAAAAAGUCCCUGAAGAAGGUGAAGAAACCAGCAGCGGCCAAGGAGCCCACCAAGAGCCCCAAGAAGGUGGCGAAGAGUACCACGAAAGCGGCGAAGAGCCCCAAGAAAGCGGCGAAGAGCCCCAAGAAGGUGGUGAAGAGCCCCAAGAAGGUAGCGGUGAAGAGCCCCAAGAAGGUGGUGAAAAAGGCCCCUGCACCCAAGAAAGCCCCCGCGAAGAAGGUCGCCAAACCCAAAGUGAAGAGGACAGCAGCCAAGAAGAAGUGAGAUGUCCUCACUGUGAAACAUGUCCAUCCUGGUAAAAGGCUCUUUUAAGAGCCACACACGUCUAUCCACAAAGAGCUGCUUCCUCAUCAAUCAUCACCACUGACAAUAAAUAUGUAGAGACAGAGUUCUUAACUAAAGGGAGUCAAGUUAUAUAGAAA